CACAGAGUUAGUCCAACUCUUUUGAUCAACAGAUUCAGUCGAUUACACACAUUUUCACAUUGGCAGAAGUUUUUGCAGCCUUGUCGUUGUCAGGUUUUGCUAGUCCUUCACAUAGCACCGGCGAGCCAUGCAACGAAACAUUAGCUCUAUCCCAACGUCGUCGGAUGGAGUCUGGCAAGGCGAGAAUCCUCUAAACUACUCCUUCCCAUUGCUGAUCGUUCAAACAACCUUGGUUCUCUUCACAAGCCGCUUCCUUGCCCUUCUUCUCAAGCCUCUGCACCAGCCCAAAGUCAUUGCAGAGAUUAUUGGUGGGAUUUUGCUCGGACCGUCAGCUUUAGGCCGCAACAAAGAUUUCUUGAACUUAGUUUUCCCUUCAUGGAGUAUGCCCAUACUCGAAUCCACCGCAAGUAUUGGUCUUCUCUUCUUUCUGUUUCUCGUGGGACUUGAACUUGAACUAAGCACAAUCCGUCAAAGCGGUAGGAAGGCUUUGAGCAUCGCCGUAGUUGGGAUGUCCCUCCCUUUCAUAUUCGGAGCUGGCCUUUCUUUCUUUCUCCGAAAAGCCGUAAAAGGAGAAGAUAGAGUAGGAUAUGGACAGUACAUCAUGUUCCUAGGCGUGGCACUUUCCAUCACAGCUUUCCCUGUCCUUGCACGCAUUCUAGCAGAGCUCAAGCAACUAACAACUCAUGUCGGCCAGACUGCCAUGGCUGCAGCUGCAUUAAACGACGUUGCCGCUUGGGUAUUGCUGACAUUGGCCAUCGCCCUAGCUGGAAAUGGCUCAAAUGAAGCUCACAAAAGCCCCUUGAUAUCCAUAUGGGUUCUACUUUGCGGAGUAGCUUUUGUUGCUUUCAUGUUAAUCCUCGUACGCCCCCUAAUGACCUGGGUUGCUCGACAGAGCUCACCGGAACCCUACGUUAUUCAUGAAGCCUUUAUAUGUUUAACCCUGACCGGGGUAAUGUUAUCCGGUUUCAUGACUGACCUUAUAGGAAUCCAUGCAAUCUUCGGUGCUUUCAUCUUUGGACUAACCAUUCCCAAAGGAAGCGAGUUCGGACAAAAAUUGAUCACAAGGAUUGAAGACUUCGUAGCCGGUUUGCUUCUUCCUCUUUACUUCGCCUCUAGUGGAUUAAGGACAGACAUAGCCAAAAUUCAAGGCUUCGAGGCGUGGGGACUUUUAGUGCUUAUUAUAUCCACGGCUUGCGCAGGGAAGAUUUUGGGGACAUUUUUCACGGCGAUGUUGUGUAAGAUUCCAGUUAGGGAGUCGUUGGCUCUUGGGGUUUUGAUGAAUACCAAAGGGUUGGUUGAGCUAAUUGUUCUCAACAUCGGCAAGGAAAAAAAGGUUCUCAAUGAUGAAAUGUUUGCAAUUUUAGUGUUGAUGGCACUUUUUUCAACUUUCUUAACAACUCCAACAGUUAUGGCGAUAUACAAACCUCGGCAUCGAUCAGAACAAGCAUCGCACCCUGCGGAAGACUUGGAAAACGAGUUCCGAAUCCUGGCAUGUAUCCAUGGACCUAGCAAUGUGCCAUCACUCAUCCAUCUCAUGGAGUCGAUACAUGAGACCAACAGAUCCCCACUCAAACUCCAUGUGAUGCACCUUGUUGAACUUACUGAUCGGUCUUCAUCUAUUUUGAUGGUUCAAAGAACCCGAAAGAAUGGUCUUCCCUUCAUUAGUUGCCUAGGUCGAGGGGCUAAACGCGAUCAAAUUGCGUCUGCAUUUGAGGCAAAUGCACAGCUUGGGAGGGUGCACCACUCGACCGCUAUUUCAGCAUUGUCAACUAUGCAUGAGGAUAUUUGCCAUGUAGCCAAGGAUCGAAGUGUGGAAAUGAUCAUCCUACCUUUCCACAAGCAAUGGAAUGGGGAGGGUGACGAGGCAAUUAAGAGCAUCAGUCAUAGCUGGAGAGAGGUCAAUCAAAGGGUCCUAACAACCGCAACAUGCUCAGUUGCAUUACUUAUCGACAGUAGAUUUAACAAUCCAGCAGAGCAACCGGCAGAACCCACCACAACAAUGCUAAAAAGAGUAGUUAUUCUGUUUAUUGGUGGACCGGAUGAUCGUGAAGCUCUGCAGCUCGGUCAGAGAAUGACCGGAAAGCAACUAGUUCAGGUGACUCUAGUGAGGUUCCUCCAAGGCCAAAGGGAUGGAAAUAUAAGAGAGAAGGAACUGGAUGAGUUUGCACUAGAGGAGUUCAGACGGUCAGAUACAUCUGUCCAAUACGAAGUGAAGGCCAGCAGCAAUGUCAUGGAAGAAGUGCUAAGGAUUGGACAGAGCAGGGAGUAUGAUAUUCUCAUGGUCGGAAAGGGACAUCACCCAUCUUGCAGGGAAACAACAGGAAACCAUACACAGAGUGAGGAACUGGGAGCUAUCGGAAGUAUUCUAACUUCCGGAGAUCGAAGCAUCUUCCCAUCUAUCCUAGUGAUUCAACGACCGAAAGAAGCAGCUGAAAAUGAGGCAACUGUUUCAGAGAUGAUAUGAGAAAAGGAUGUCAUUCCUAGAUUUGUGAUGUAAAAUGGGAUGAACAAGAGUGAGGCUAUGUUGAUGUAAAAAGCCACUGUAAUAUGUCUAGAACUCGAGGUUAAAUAAAUAAUAAGAACAUA